AUCCAAGUCCAGCUCACCACCACCUGAGCCAGCGACAGCGCUACUGCCUCCUGCUGUAGGAGUGAUUAAGUUUGCUGCCACGUGUUCCGCUCUCCUCCGGGAGCUCAAGACCCGAGUGGGCAGCGGUGGAGUCGGAACAGGCCUGGAGGGAGGGGGUCUGCACGGCCGCCAGAGGCGGGCCAUGGAGCCUGGGGAGUCGGGGAAGGUAGGACUGGAACUCACCGGACUGCUCUCCCUCCUCUCGCGCAUCCUGUCUGGACUAGGGGGUUUCUGUGACCUUUGAUGACAUCGCACUGUUCUUGCUGCAGGAGGAAUGGAUGCUGCUCAGUCAGCCACAGAAGGACAAGCUGACAGCACCUCUAGUCUCCCAACACUGAGGAUGUCCGAGGCAGAGCCUGGUGGUAGGACCUGGAGCCAAGCCCUCAUGGCUUUUCUGUGGUCCCAACUCAGGACCAACUACUGCCUAUCCUGAGCUGUUUCCUGGCUUCCGGCAAGGGACUGAGCCAUGGCUAGGCAACAUCCGGGGCCAGAGGAGUCUCCUGAACCAUCAUCCUGGGAAAACCCACACGAGCUACACGGAAGAGGUAAAUAUGCAGGAUUCUGCCAGAGAGGAAGGACGGUACCUGUCACCGCGAAAGAAAGCCUGCCUUGCCCACGUUAGUGCAGAGAGGGGCGCCGUCGAGGGAGACUGGACAGGGAGCCCCAAAGCUCCGCUCUGUUCAGGAGUCGUGGCUUACACGGUUUCCGUGGUUGACCAUGAACGAGGAACGGACAGCUCUGUUCUGUGCUGUCUGCCGAGAAUACCCAUUCAUCAGGGACACACAGUCACGAUUAGUAGAAGGCUGCACAGGACCAUUCAAGAUGGAGACUCUCAAAUACCACGCCAAGAGCAAGGCCCACCUACUCUGUGUCCGUGCACUGGCCGCCAGGGACCCUAUCUGGGCAGCUCACCUUCAGAGUCUCAGGGAGAGUUCGGCAGGUGUCCCGGACGGCCCCCAGCACCUCUUCAGUACAGUCCAUCCCUCGUUCUACCCCGCAGGGCCUCUGGGAGACGUUGAUGGCAUAGCUGAGCUCCUGUCCAGCCCAAGAGCUGAACUAGAGGACCCUACAGGGAGUGGAGCCUUCCCUGCGUUGUAUCUAGACUGCAUGGCGGAAUUGAGGCAAAAAGAAACUGGCAGUGACAUCCUCAGUCCCUCAAAUUGCAACAUGUUGUGUAAAGAUGCUAUUGAAUUCUGCAGCCAGCUUCCUGACAAGGCACAGAUGAAGGAUUCCAGAGUGUCCGGGGAGCUCCCUGGUAUGUUCGAGGAUGUGGCGGUGUAUUUCACUCGAGAGGAAUGGGGCCUGCUGGACAAGGAGCAGAAGGAGCUCUACAGAGACGUGAUGCAGAUGAACUACGAGCUGCUGACCUCCCUGGAGCCUUCUGCUGCCAAACCAGACUUGAUCACAAAACUGGAACGGAGAGCUGCACCCUGGAUCAAGGGCCCUAACGGGCUAACAUCAGGGAAAAUUCGCUCCCUGGGGAAAAAGAAGACGGUGGCAGUGAGGGAAGCCGACAUCCAAACCCAGGCCUCAGCUACAAAGUCCAUCCCUCACCCAGCCUCUGCGGAGACACGUAGUUCCCACUGCCCUCCCAGCAUGUGUGAAGAAGCGGAUGGACCUAGGAGCAUGAAGAGGACGUACAGGCCCCGUUCCAUUCAGAAGUCAUGGUUUGGGCAGUUCCCCUGGCUAGUAAUGGACUCCAAGGAGACCAAGCUGUUCUGCGCUGUUUGCAAAGAAAGACCAACUCUCCAUGACAAGUCGUCCCGCUUGGUCCAAGGUUACACGGGGCCUUUUAAAGUGGAAACCUUAAAAUACCACGAGGUCAGUAAGGCCCACAAGCUGUGUGUCAACACUGUGGAGAUGAGAGAUGACAGCCCUCAGCCUGCCCUCACCCCAGAGGUUUCCAGCCACCUCAUGGCCAACAUGGAACCCUUCUUCAAAGCUGCCUACUCCAUUGCCUACCACUCCAGGCCUCUGAAUGACUUCGAGAAGGUCUUGCGACUCCUGCAGAGCACUGGUACCACACUGUUAGGCAAGUACCGGAAUCGCACUGCAUGCACCCAGUUCAUCAAGUACAUCUCCGAGACGCUCAAGAAGGAGAUCCUGGGAGACAUCCGGAGCUCGCCGUGCGUGAGCCUGCUCUUGGACAGCUGCACGGACUCCUCCGGUCAGGCCUGCGUGGGGAUAUACAUGCGCUACUUGAAGCAGACAGAAGUGAAGGAGUCGUUCAUCGCCCUGGCCCCUCUCUCCAGCGAGACAGUAGAUGGGUACUUAGAGACCAUCGUCGCUGCCCUGGAUGAGCUGGACAUCCCUUUCCGGAAGCCCGGCUGGGUGGUGGGUCUGGGUGCCGAUGGGUCUGCCAUGCUGAGCUGCAAGGGAGGCCUCGUGGAAAAGUUCCAGGAGAUCAUCCCUCAGCUGCUGCCUCUGCACAGUGUGGCCCACCGGCUGCACGUGGCUGUGGUGGACGCCUGUGGGAGCAUCGAUCUGGUGAGGAAGUGUGACCGGCACCUCCGGACUGUCUUCAAGUUUUACCAGUCCUCAAACAGGAGGCUCGGCGAGCUGCAGGCUGUUGCAGCCCCACUGGAGCAGGAAAUCCUCCGCCUGAAGGACUUGAACACCAUCAGGUGGGUGGCCAGCAAAAGGCGCACUCUGAACGUGUUCAUCGUGAGCUGGCCUGCCCUGGCUAGGCACCUCCAGAGCGUGGUGGAGGCCGGGGGCCAGAUUGGUCAGAGGGCCAAAGGCAUGCUGAGGCAGGCGAAGGGCCUCCAUCUCAUCAAGUUCUGCCACUUUCUCUUGGAUUUUCUGAGCAUCUAUAAGCCUCUGUCUGAGGUAUGCCAGAAGGAGCUUGUGCUGGUCACGGAGCUGAAUUCUGCCCUGGCUCGGGCCUAUGUGGCACUGGAGAGUCUCCGCCAACAGGCGGGUCCUAAAGAAGAAGAGUUCAGUGCUGGCUUCCAGGACGGGCAGUUCCAUGGCAUCUUCCUGGAUAGAGUGGAGAAGGCCGAGCAGCGGUUCCAGGCAGCCAGGGAGAGAAUGAUCCUGAUUGGGGUGGAGUUCCUCCGGCAGAGGUUUGAUGCAGACCGCCCCGCACAGCUCAAGAGCAUGGAGGCGUUAGACACCAAGGCCUGGCCCAGCUGGACUGAACUGGCCUGCUUUGGGAACGAUGACAUUCUAAGCCUCGCCAGGUAUUUUGAGCUUUCCCUCCCCGUGGGGUACAGUGAGGAAGCUCUGCUGAAGGAGUGGCUGGGCUUGAAAGCAGCCACCCAGAACCUUCCAUUCUCCGAGCUGUGUAAGAACGCCCUGACUCAGCACUGCCGAUUCCCGCUGCUGAGCAAGCUCAUAGCUGUGGUGGUCAGUGUGCCCAUCUCCACUUCCUGCUGUGCACGGGGGUUCAAGGCCAUGAGCAGGAUCAGGACUGACGAGAGGACCAAGCUGUCCAAUGAGGUGCUCAACACACUCAUGAUGACGGCAGUGAAUGGCAUGGCAGUGGCGGAGUACGACCCCCAGCCUGCCAUCCAGCACUGGUACCUGACCUCUUCAGGGCGGCGCUUCAGCCACAUCCAUGCCUCUGCCCCCUCCCAUGCCAGCACAGGGCUCAGGAAGGAGGGGGGUGCAGCAUUGUGUAAGGAGGGCUCCAUGGCUGCCCAGAAGACAUCCAUCAUACCAUCUGGGGAGCCGUGAGGUCCAGAAGGAUCCCAUGGUGAAGGUUCCUGGACCCUAUACCAUCUCAAAGGCCCCAUACUCCUGAAGAGUAGUAGCCUGGAUGAGGCUUUGGGGCCUUCUUGAUUGUGGAGAGAGGCUCUCUGAAGAGUUUAGGCUAUCUUGACAGGAUGCCUUAUAGGCCCAGAAUGUGGACAGUGACAGAGGAUUGAAGCCGACAUCCCCCCAAAACAAGGCCCUCAAGGCACAGCAGUGCCUCCCAGUGUUAAAGCAUGCCAGAGAGGCACUUACCUCAAGUCCAUUUUGCCCAGAGAAAGAAUUGCCAUGAGAGUUCAUCCCACGCAUAUUCUUGUGGCAGAGGGCUUUACCAAAGUGGGAGAGUGGGGGUGGUGGGAGAAAGGAACACCCCAGCCCUCUGCAUCCCUGGCACAAACAGGAGGUGGCCUAUGAGGAAGGCCAUUUGGUGGUGGGCCCUUGGCCUGCUGCAGAAGCCCCCAGGACUGGCCAUUCUGGACCAUUGCCAAGGCUCACGCAGUAGCGUCAAGGAGACCCUACCCCUCAAGACCUGCCUUAAGCGUCCUUUGCACAGAGCAUCGGAGAAAGGUGGUCUCACCACAGCUCCUCCAUAAUGAGACAUGCUUCCUCUGAAGGGAACCUGGCCUUCCCUCCCCACCCCUGAACGCUGGUACGCUGUGGUACCAGAUACAGUUUCCUGAGCAGUGCACAAGAGGCGGGGGUUGGGAGGCCUGGAGUUCAGGCCAGCUAUUCUGCAGACAGUGUGUGCAUGGUUAAUCCUUUCCUCUUCUCUGCGCCUCAGUUUCACUCCUCAUGUGGUUGUCACAGGGGAUCCAAGUGCCUGCUGGCUCUCUGUAGCUAUAGCAGUCAGCAGGAAUGUCAAGGUCCUGGAAAACAGGGCUUGCCUAGAGCACUUGCUGCUCCUACCCUGCUUGUCCUCAGUGGUAAAGGUAUUGUAUCAGCUUUGUCGCUAGAGUCCUACUGCAGGCAGAGGUGCUGUCCUCCCGUCCUGUCCACAGGACAGGUGCACCCACCCUUCUGCAGACUGUGCAGAAGCACCACAGCUUGUUAAGUGUCCCCAUCCUGGACGUGUAGAAUCAUAGUCCCCACACCAGCUCAGCACCUGUAGUUUCUCAUAACCUUCCCCGGGUCCUUCAUGGGUGUCCUCUGGCUUAACAGCCACUUCAUUCUCAUAGAAGGGCCUCCUAAAACUAGGCCUUUGGGCCCUUCCCCCUUUUUCUUUUAUUGCGAAUUGAAGCUCUGCUUCUUCCAGGGCACCCUCGCUUUGCAGGCUCAGUGGAAGGCCUGUUGGUUAGGAUGGAUGAUCUGUCUAGGUUCUGCCUUUGGCUUCAGGUUGGAGAAUUACCCAAUGGAAGGGCCCCUUGCCUCUGUCUCUUGCUCAUUUUGGCAGUCUGCUGCUCUGUGCCAUAAGCACACAUCCUCUGAGCAAGCCGCCUACCUACUCCUUCCAGCAGGUGCUGAAAGCCUCAGAGGUUCUGCGCCCUGGAGCCUCGGCAUUAUGCAGGCCCAUGUCUCUCCACCUCAGCAUGUAGUCUUGGUGUGCACUGUAUGGUUUUCCCGCUCAAGAAAAGCCCCCAUCCAGCUAAGGGCUUGCAGGAAAAGGGCAGGAAAGGCCUUUGGCCAGAUCUAGGAGGUGGCCCAGACCAAGUCUUCCCAGAGUCCAGGGAUUUGCCAGGUCAGGGUGGAGGUGUAGGGCUCCAUCCACGUGGCUCCAGCAAGCGCUUCUGCCAUGGCAUCUUUUCUUUGAAAAAUCCCCUCGGCGAGACACCAGUCCUGUGAGUGAGGCAGGCACGGUUUCUGGAAUGAGGUUUGGAGAGCUGAGGCGGCUACCAGGUGGGACAGCACCCUGUCCUCCCCAAACCAGCACCCUGAGGUCAUGUGAAGCAGGGUGUUCCUAGGCUAAGUCUGCUAGAAACACCAGUGGGUGUGCUGCACAGAGCAGGCUGCUUAGCCUGGGUGUUUGCCUACUCAAGGUUUGGGGUUUUGUUGUCACUGUUUUGUUUGUUUGUUGACUGGAGCAAGUACUCCCCAGUGCCCCUUUGCCAGCCCAAGACAAAGAAGCAAUAUUCUUGUUUAGGCCCUCAAGGUGGACACAUAGUGAGCAUCCUCACCUUGCAGCUCUAUGCUCAGGCUGGUCCUGUGUUGCUCUUAGGAGUGGCUGCAUUUCACUGGGCACAUCUGGUUUUGCCUCGGGAAAACAAGCCGGAGGUCACUGGGUGAAGGAGGAGGCACUGCUGCUUUGGCCUCAGCCCUGGCCUCCUCCUCCUUCCCUGCCCUUUUUCACAUGCUUGACACUCAUCCCACCCCCACUCCACCUGUCUGCCUCUGUGCAGCUUCGGCUGCCCUGAAACUUGCUGUGUAGAUGAAGCUGGCCUUGAACUCACAGAGAUCCAUGUGCCUCUGCCUACCAGGUGCUGGGAUUUAAGGCUUGGGCCACCUCCCCCUGCCUCCUGCCUGUUCUCUUCACAGCACUUGAUAACUGAUCCCCUUCCUUGAUAACGAGUGCCCAUUGGGCUGCUAUUCCAAGUGGCCAGCAUUGACUCAGCACUUUGAUUUCAGUAGCCAUAGAUACUUGGGAGCGUGAGGAAGCUCAGCUUCUGGCCAGGAGAGCAGACCUUUGUGGUACAAGAUCCUUGCAGUGCAGAGUGUGGUCAGGACAGUGCAAAGGUCACCAGUUCCCUCAGACUGGCACCCGUGCAGCCAGGAACAAGGAUGACUGGUCGAGAAUGCUCUGGACUCCUGGAUUCAAGGAUGUACAAAUUAGAUUUAAAAGCCAUGUUUAAGUCUUAACUUUUGCUAUUUGAAUAAAGCAAAAUUUGACUUUA